UGGGAACUGCUGCAUGGGUCCACACUGCCUACAUCUGCCUGGCAGCAUACGGAUCUUUAAAUAGACUGCUAUUUUGAUGCAAAAGCAUAACACAGGCCCCUGAGGGCUUGAGGCACACUGGCUGGGAUUAAUGCGAGGGUCAAAUGGCCUGACAAACCUUAGGACACCCUGCGGUGGGUAUAUCUGAGGCAAAGAAGCCUGAGACCACUAUCACCUGUGCCAUUCGUUCUGCCCUGUUAACGCAGUGGUUCCGGACAGCUUUUUUGGAAAUAAUUUUUUUAGAGCUUUCUGUUGGAAGACUAAGAUUUAUUUUGAAAAACCUAAGUGGCUACAAGCUCCAGCUACUUUUUUUUUGGUUUGACUCUUUGUACCGUCUACUUUUAGAGGACUAGAAGUUGCAUCAUAACUUAGGUAAACUGCUGCGUCACCUCAGAGAACCCUGCAGAAAAAGCAAUGUCCUACACAUCCAAACUUCCCGCGUCCUGGAAUGAUAAACCACCUCCUCGGAAGGUCGAAAUUGACCUGAGUUCACCUGGAUUAGCAGUGUUUGAAUUGGAAAGACUCCUGUUUACUGGCAAAGCCAUCAUCAGCCAUGCAGAUGAAGUUUGGCCGAGGCUUUACAUCGGUGACCAGGACAGCGCAGAGAACCAAGCGGAUCUAUUCAAGCAUCGAGUCACUCACAUCCUGAACGCAGCCCACAGUAACCGCAGAGGGAAGCCAGACAUCUAUGACUCCAUGCAGAUCACCUAUAUGGGCAUAGACGCUCGUGAUUCCUGUGACUUUGACAUGAGCAUCAACUUCCAGGCAGCAGCAGACUUUAUCCACAGGGCUCUCAGCAGAGGAGGCAAAGUUUUGGUGCACUGUCACGUAGGAGUGAGCCGCUCUGCCACCCUGGUCCUGGCUUACCUGAUGCUGAAGCAGAACCUGACCCUCGUGGAGGCUAUUUGUGCUGUGAAAGAGAACCGGGGUGUCAUCCCCAAUCGAGGUUUCCUCCGACAGCUCAUCAAACUGGACAACCAGCUCUUUGGCAUACAUUAAAUGCUGCCUGGUGGCAUUAUUGUUCAGAUUUCAUGGGUCCAGACCUAGGAAAAAUAUGGAAAAGAUAGUUCUAGUAUAUUUCAUAAUGUUUAAAAGAGUAAAUGCACUGAUUUCAUUUCGUAGUUUUUGUACUACAUGUAUUGUUUUUUUUAAAAGGGACUUAACAGCAUCUAAUUAUUUCCUGGAUCAUGUUUUAAUUGUGUUUAAAAAAAAAAAAACUCAGUUCCUUCCACGCAGUGAUACAGUUGGCGGGUAUAGUUGGGUAGAAAGAAAAUAGUUCCUACAUGAAACUGCUCACAACAAGGUCUGUGGAUUAUCUUGAGUAACCAGCUCAUUAUUUCUGGAGAGAGACAUCACUGUUGAGUUUUUCAAAUGUAUUUUUUGCUCUUAGAGCACAACAAGCCGAGUGCCAUCUAGUUCCAUUAUGUUGGAGAGAAGGCAGACAUCUCUAUGGCAGAUAUCUCCAACACUGUGCAACUCACACCAAAACCAUCUAGAUUGAUAAAUAGUACUAAAGGUGAGAAGGAAAAGUAUGUACUUUUAAUUUGGGGGUGAACUGUCCCUUUAAGGUAAAACAUACUCAUAUUCUGUCAGUUUGUACAUGAGAAAUUAAUUGGAGUAUUACAUUAAAAACAUUUGAAUCCGAUUCAGCUUUUUGUGAAUGUCUGGCACUCAGUUCACACACCAGUGCUACUUAAACACCAAAACAGAAAUUGGGUGUCUAAUGUAACAGGUGGCAUGAGACAGAGUCUGGGCUGGAGACUGAUGAGUAACCAUUACU